GCCAUUAGUUCGUGAAUUGGCCGAAAAACUCGUUAAUGCACAUAUUCAUUCAUAGCCCGUAGAAAAAAUAAUUAUAUAAAAAAUGGACAAUUUUUUGGCGAUACUAGCACCGACUUUGGGGUGAUUUGGGCAAUAUGGAGGGGAAUGACUGGAGACGAGAACUCUGAAAUAUCUCCGGCAACCCCUGCGCACUAGGCCCCCUCUACAUACCUGCGUUCAAGCACGUCCAAUUUGAUUGGUGAUUAUUAGUGACAACAAUUCGUGCUGAUUGUUUGUUCGCGGAUGUUCGGUAUUUAUCUAUGUUGUUGUGAUUAUUAUUAAAACAAUGGUGUUCUGAGACAACAAUAAUGGCACCAACGAUUCAAACAAAUGUUAAUAACGGGGACAGGGACAAAAGGGCGGUGAGACCAGUAGAAAAGCGGUCUGAGCUUAUUUGUCGAGUCAAGUACUGCAAUACACUGCCAGAUAUUCCGUUCGAUCCGAAGUUUAUCACGUAUCCUUUCGAGUCGACAAGGUUCAUUCAAUAUAAUCCAACGUCUCUGGAGCGUAAUUACAAGUAUGAAGUGCUCACUGAACACGAUUUGGGUGUUGAAAUUGAUUUAAUCAACCGAGACACCUACGCAGGAGAUCCCAAUGCACAACUCGAUCCGGCCGAUGAAAAACUCCUUGAAGAAGAUGUUCUCACGCCUCAGGACUCCAAAAGAUCAAGACAUCAUGCCAGAAGUGUUUCGUGGCUACGUAGAACCGAGUACAUUUCAACCGAACAGACGAGGUUCCAGCCACAGACCAUGGACAAAGUCGAGGCCAAAGUCGGUUACUCUAUCAAAAAGAACUUCAAGGAAGAAACUUUGUACAUGGAUCGCGAGAGCCAGAUCAAGGCGAUUGAAAAGACAUUUGACGAUAAUAAGAUACCAAUUACUAAACAUUAUAGCAAACCAAACGUUGUGCCUGUGGAAGUAUUUCCUGUUUAUCCAGAUUUCAAAUUGUGGAAAUAUCCUUGUGCUCAGGUCAUUUUCGACUCAGAUCCAGCACCGACGGGACGAUCUUUACCUGCACAGAUGGAGGAGAUGUCGCAAGCGAUGAUAAGAGGAGUUAUGGAUGAGAGUGGGGAACAAUUCGUAGCCUACUUCCUCCCUCUAGAAGAAACUCUGGAAAAGCGAAAGAGAGACUUCACUGCCGAAAUCGAAUACGCAGAAGAAGAGGAAUACGAGUACAAAAUGGCUCGAGAGUACAACUGGAACGUGAAGAGUAAGGCAUCGAAGGGUUACGAGGAGAAUUACUUCCUAGUAAUGAGAGAAGAUGGAGUCUAUUACAAUGAAUUGGAGACUCGAGUGCGCCUAUCCAAACGUCGCCAGAAGGCCGGCCAGCAACCCAAUAAUACUCGUUUGGUUGUACGUCAUAGACCACUGAAUGCGAAUGAAUUCAGAAUGCAGAGGUGGAGGGAGAAGCAGUUGGAGCCACCGAAUGAGGAGGAAGAGGAGGAGGAGGAUGAAGAGGAAGAGGAGGAGGAGGAGCAGCAGGAGAAUCAUAAUGGGAACAAAACUCCAGAUGAAACGAAAAGCAAUCAGGAGAAUAAUGGCUCUGAUAAUGAGGAAGGAUCUCGUCGGUCUUCCCGAGCCUCUUCUCCUGCGUCUUCAGAGAAAUCUGACAAGUCACGAUCAAAAUCCAGGUCUCCCUCCAAGUCCAGAUCUCGCUCUCAUUCGCGCUCUCGGUCACGCUCUCGCUCUCCAUCGAAAUCGAGGUCCCAGUCACGAUCUAGAUCAAGAUCUCAGUCUAGGUCGAGAUCACGCUCGGGUUCCAGGUCAAAAUCAGGUUCCAGGUCCCGUUCAAGGUCUGCUUCAUCUGCUCGAUCAACCUCCAGGUCUCCUUCCAGAUCCAAAUCUAGAUCACGCUCAGCGUCCGCUGCCAGGUCAGCCAAAUCUCAGUCACGAUCUCCAGCUCGAUCUGGAAAAUCUGGAAGUGGCAGCGGCAGUGGCUCCGGUAGCGGAUCUAGUGAUAGUGGCUCCGAUAGCGAGUGAGAGAACCCACAAAUUCGACAUUAUGUCAUUUUGAGUUCAUUUACAAGGUGCAUUGGUCCUGUGUAAAAUAAAAUAAAAUGUUUAAUUGAUUUUUCUAA